AAUAAUUAGCAGGGUUGCAAAACAUAAACAAGGUAUAUUAUGUCAUAGAGAUAUUAUUAGAAGUUCUAGUUAGUUUCAUCCGAACUUCGUGUUUUUUUCUUGUGGAUCAGAUGGACGACCUAGCUGCCCUGGAGGCGCUGCUUGAGAGCAAUCAAGCGUUGCUGGCGGUGCGUCCCAUCGAUGUGGAGGAGUCGAAUAUCAAAAUGAAAAAUCCCCCCUCCCCAUAUCGAAACGACGUUUCUGAUGCUGGAUUUCCAUACACAAAUCACAUUUGUCUUGCAGUAGAGGACUGCAGGCAUAUGUCAAGCCUCAUUCGAGAGGUUUUGACGUAGGUGCCUAGCAUGCCAAACGUGUACGCUCUACGCCCAACAGCAUCACAAACCGCCUGCAAAAUGCGGGGCGCUCUCUGGACUUGCCUUCUUGCAAGACGGACAGGAUUUGAGCUCACAAAUGCGCAUCGCAAAUUUUCAGACGGAUACGUUUUCAAUAUGGGGAGGGAGGAUUUUUCCUUACGAUAUCGAAGCUGAAGCAGGAAUGGGCGGACGUACUGGAAACAUGGCAAAGUAUCGACCGCCUGUGGAUCUUAUCACAUGCAAAAGUGUCUGGGUCUGGAAGGUUAGAACUUGUGAUGCGGAUUAUGGAAAAGGCAAAAAUUUGUAUUGCGUGAGCGCCAAAACCAAAAGCUGCUCAAUUCUUGUUGCGCAAUUAGGAAAUUGCUCAUGCACAGUAUGCAUCAGAAGGCCUGCGCAAAACCUGUAAUGCUUUUGCGUGCAUUACAGACGGGUUGCACAAUCCAACAGUGAUGCAUGACAAACAAGGGCACUCCUCCCGACCCAGACAUAUUUGCAUUUGAUAGAUCUCCCAGGAGUGGAACCGGAGCGACCAAGACCUGGUUCGGAUCUUAUCAACUGCAAAAAUGUCUGGGUCUGGAAGAGUCGGGGCUUGUCAUGCACAUUUUGCAUGACCCGUAACUAAGGUCUGUGGUGCUGGUGCUAGCAUCACAGAUUUUGUGCGGGCUUCUUGAUGCUAAUUACGCAUGAGAAAUGCCCUCUCUGCGUGCCAAGAGCUGAGUCCUCUUGCUGUUCAUGCAACACAGAUAUUUUUAGAAUCCGCAGACAGCAUUACAAGUUCCACUCUUCGAGACCCAGACAUAUUUGCAAUCCAUAGGCCUUGCGGCGGAACAAAGAGGACUACGAGAAGGAAGCGGAGGCGGACGUGCUGCUGCUGCGAAACCACCAAACCAUGGUGAACGCGAAAAAGAAUUUAGUGGACGGAGCGCGCAAAAAGAAACAGCAGGCGGACGAGGCACUGCAGAAGGCGAUUCAGCAGAAGGAAGAACUGCUGCAGAAGUUUGGUGGAAAGAUCUCAGUCGCGCUGGCCCCCGUGGCACGGAACCGCGAGCAGCGGGUGAAGAAAGCCAUGGAGCUACAGCAUAAAGCCACACUGUAUGGCGUUCUCAAACGUUACAUUGUCAGCUGUUACAUGAUUUGUCAUGCAAAAUUGCCUUCAGAAUCGACACGAUCGAGCUGCUCCGCACGACAAAGUCCCAGAGGGCCAAACAGGCUGAUAAUCGGCGCCAAAUCUGUCAUGCAAGACGCGCGCGAUCCCUCCUAUUACUUUUCCCAUUCUUGCAUCGCAAAUCCAUGUAACAGUUGAGAAUGUAACAGUUGAGAGCGCCAUACACUGGAGCUGUCGGCGAAUCUGGAAACGCUGGAAAAAGCAGAACUGGCAGCGCGGAACUUUGUCGAAGGGACAAAGUCGCGCAUCGCGGAGCAGCAGCAGCGAGAGCAGCAAAUCCUGGACCUCUGUCGCCAGAGCUUCCAGAAAAUUACGGUGCCGCCGGGGGCGACUUCAGCCAGCAGCAGUAGUACAGGCGGCACCGCAACCGCCACAGCAGUCCCCAGAACAACUGAAAGCGACGAGCUGAGCAGCGCGACCGGGGCCGCACCGCCGGAUCAACGACACUACGAUUUUGGAAGCGCAUCAGCCGGCACCCCGCACGAGUCCGGCACUACAGGUGCUCCCGCGACGGGCAGUGGCCGC